UUUUAGUGGGGAACAUCGGAGCCAUCAGACAAAUCAAAACCUUAGAACUCACUAAAAAAAAAAACACGAGAACAGAGAGAAAGAAGUUAAACAAUGGAGCUCGAAUUGGGAUUAAAGGCCACGAGAACGAGAGAGGAUGUAUCGUCUUCGGUUGAUUUCCGCUUCUCCAAAGACCCGUUUGGUCCUCUGGUUCUUACUCGAGAAACCGAUUCAAGGUUCAUCAUCAUCAUUCACAUCAAAGGAUUCAAAAAGGAAGGAAUUGAAAUAGAUAUAAACAAAGAAGGGGAUCGGAUUACUAUAGAAGGGAGGAAGCCUGUGGAAGAAAUGGUUAUGAUUAGAUGGAUGGCGUGGAGACAAGAAGUUGAAUUUAGGGUUUUUAAGAAGGUUUUUAGGAUUCCUGAUACUGUGGUUUUAGACGAGAUUAAAGCUAGGUUUGAUGAUGAUGAUGCCACUCUUACGAUCACUAUGCCGAAAAGAGUAAAGGGGAUUCCUGGAUUUAAUAUUGAGGAGGAAGAAGAAGAAAGAGUGGACAAGGGAGAAGUUGAAGAGCAGAGUACAGUAAGGGAAGAAUCUGAUGCACACUCUGAGAAAUUUGAGACAGAGAUUCAGAGAGACGAAGAGUUUGGAGAAAAAGAGACUCAGGUUUUGGGAGAGCAGCAAAAUGAUGAGGAAGAAACUGGGGAUGAUUACUUAGAGAAGAGUCACCAGUUUGAUGAACAAGACAAGAUUCUGGAACAUAUAGAAGACGAAAAACAAUUGGCUGAGAGUAAUGAGGACAGUAGCUUAAGAAAGCCUUUAGACAUUGAAGGACAAGGACAUGAGCAGACAAGACAUGACGAACAAGAUAAAAAACAGAAACGGGUCGACGAAGCAGAGAGUAAAAGUGAUGAUUUUGGAUCCACAACAUUUGAAGAGAUUGACGAACAAGAACCUGAUCAUGAGCAGCUGGAUAGAACAAGUAAAAGUGGAGCAAAAGAAAAGAAAACGACUGACGGCGACGAUGAUGGCUUGAGCAAGGAUCAAGGGAUUCAAGAAAAGCGGGAGAGAUGCAAUGACAACCGCAAGAUUCAAGAUAUCGUACAAGGCAAAGGAGAGGAGGAUAAGAAGAAAAUUGUAAAGAAGCAGAAAAUUGCAAAGAAGGAGAUAAAUAAUGGAGACGCCAAAGAAAAAAUUGAUGCAAAAAUGGGUGAAGUAUUGGCAUCAAAUUUUGCAGAUACUGCGAUGAAAACUGAAGAUCUUGAAUCAGAUGAGGAGCUAGACAAGAUAGAAAAGUUGGUUGAGAAGAAGGAAAACGCUAAGGUUGGAGCACAAAGUGAAGACAUUAGCUUAACAAGGCCUACAGACUUUGAAGGAAGAGAUUUUCAUGAGCAGACAAGACAUGAGGAACAAGAAAAUAGCCAACACUCUGAGACUGAGAUUCAGAGAGAAGAAGAAUUUGGAGAAAGAGAGAGUCAAGUUUUGGGAGAGGAACAAAAGGAUAUAGAAGAAACUGAUGAUGAUAAUUUGGACAAGAUUAACCAGAUUGAGGAACAAGAAGAAGAAAAAAUCGUUGCUGAGUCAAAUAAAGAGAAUGAGGACAGUAGCUUGAGAAAGCUCCCAGAUAUUCAAGAACGAGAUUCUCAUGAACAGACAAGACAUGAGGAACAAGAACGAGUAGUGGAGCAGCAAGAUUCACAAGCAGAGACUAAUAGUAAUAAUUUUGGAUGCAGAGCUUUUGAAGAUCAGGUUGGUGAACAAAAACCUCAUGUAACUAAAAGUAGAGAAAUGGAAAAGGAAAAGAUUGAAGAUGAUGAUGUUGGCUUGAGAAAGGUUCAAGAGAUUGAAGAACCAGAGAUACACAAUGAAGAAAGCAAUAAAGUGGAAGGGGAAGCAAGUGGUGACGAGAGGAAUAAAACUGCAAAGAUGGACAUAAAAAAUAGGGAUGCAAAAGAAAAGGUUGAUGGGAAAAUGGGAGAAGGAUUCAGACCAAACAUUGAUAGAACACAAUUAGUUGCAGAAAAUGACAUUGGAGAAACUGAGACAAAAACUGAUGAGUUUGAAUCUGAUAAACUAAAAGCAGAUGAGGUACACAAGAUACAUGAACUGGUUGAGAAGAAAGAAGAUGAAGGGGAAAAUGCUAAUCUCAGAGGAAAAAGUAAAGACAUCAGCUUAAAGCUUCAAGAGAAUGAAGAACAACAGUCUAAGGGACAGAAACGACAAGACAAACAAGAAAUGAUAGAAGAAUUGGUGGAAGAGAAAACACCAAAAGCAGAGCCAAAUACAGGGAAUGAUAUUCCGAAACCAGUCCAGGCGAAGACAAGUGAUAAAGAAAAGGAGGAGACAAAAAGUGUAAAGAUGGAGAUAAAAACUGGGGAUGCCAAAGAAGAAGUUGAUGCAAAAAUGGGCGGAGGAUUUGCACCAAACAUUGCAGAAACUGCGACAAAAUUUGAGUUUGAAUCUGAAAAACUAGAUUCAGAUGAGGUAGACAAGAUACAGAAACUGGUUCUGAAGACAGAGGAUGAAGAGGGAAAUGAUAAGGUUGGAACACAAGGUGAAGACAUCAGCUCAAGAAAGCUUCAAGAGAUAAAACAAGAGUUGAAUGAACCAGCAAGAUCUAAGAAAGAAAGCAAGACGCAGGAACUGGUGCAAAACAAAAGAAAUGAUGAAGAAAUUGCAGAAACAGAAACAAGUGAGCAAGAGUCAAAUAGACCAAAAAUAAUCAGGGAACAAGAAAAGAUCCAACAACAACUGGCUGAAGAGAAGAAUAAAUUUUCAAAAAAUGGAAAAGUCAAGGAGAAAGAGGAAAUUGCAGAGAAGAAAACAGAAUUUUGUGAUGAUGAUGAUGGUGAUGAUAUUUCAAGAAAAUUUCGAGAGGUUGAACAACAAGAUUCAGAUGCAAUGAAGGGCCAAGAAGAAAAAGACAUGAUUCAAGAAUCAGCACUUGAAGAAAAAGUGAGUGAUGGAGGCAAAGGAAUCGUUGCAGUGUUGGAUACAAAAGCUGAGAAUGAUAAGUCUAAAAAAGUUCAAGAGAUUGACCAACAACAGUUGCAUGAAGAAGAUAGAUGUGGAAAACAAUUCCAGAAACUCAUAGUAGGUGAAGUAAGUGGUCGCGGAGAAGUUGAUGAUAUGAAAAUAACAGAAGAAGAGAAAGGAAUCAGGGAUAGCUCGAGAAAAGGCCAAGAGACUGCAAAAACAGAUUCAGAACUCCACAACAACAGAGAAGUUUGUCGAAGUGAAGAGAAGAAG